UGAAGCUGUUAUAAAAAGGCGGUGAAACUGGUGAAGCGUCUCUAGAACGAGAACUAGUGUAUCUGAAUCCGCUCAACGUACAUUGACGUACGUGUGACCGUUCAGAUUGCUCAUCCUUGCAGCAAUUUGCAGCUGUACCUCUUUGUGCGCAUUUUAUCUUCUCUUUCACAAACACUACUUACAAAAUAAUAAAUAUUAACGUAAAUUUUGCCAUUUCAUUCAACCUUGAACGGGAUGGCGGCGGAUGAUCUUCUGCUCUGCCAGGAACCCUUAGUGUCCGUCGAGUUCGAGGUUUUCGGAAAAGUACAAGGUGUAUAUUUUCCAAAGUACGUGAGGGAUAUAUGCUCGCAAUUGAAAAUCUGUGGUUGGGUGAAAAAUAGUAAAACUGGUACGAUCCUUGGAAAGAUGCAAGGACGUCGAGCACUUGUCGAUCAAAUGGCACAGUGGUUGACAUCAGUGGGCAGUCCAGGUAGUGAGAUACAGCACUGCGAGUUUACAAAUUGGGAAACUGUUACAAAGCAGCAAUAUCAAGGUUUUAUGAUUCGUUUCUAAGAAUAUAGCGCAUAAUUGAACACGUAUGUUUAAUACUACAUUAAAUUCUAAUAUCAAUGCACCCUAGGUACUUUGAUUUGCAUGUGGUAUAAGAUAUGUUCAAA